CAUAUUAUUUUACUAAUAUUUUUCUUUGAUUUUUGUUUAGAAGAAGAAAUUGAUGGAAUUAUGUUGGCAAGAUUACCAUUUGAUGAAUUACGUGCAUUAUUUCCAAAAUUAAAAGAUCGAGUAUUAUUCACUGAAAAACGUGAUAUAUUGAUAAAAGAAUGGAAUAACACAGCAAAUGAACAAUUAGAUGGAACAAAUACUUUAAAUGAAUGUAGUAAACAAACAUUUGAUAUAUGUAGUGCAUCACAAAUAAUAGCUUCAACACAAGAUUUACUCAAUGAUACACCACUAUUUUGUAAUGAUAUGAAUAAUGGCACAUCUGGAACAACGUCAAAUAUUGAUAGUCAAAUAAAUGAAGAUGAAAAUGAUGAUUUGGAAGAAUCGCAACAGAAUUUACCAUUAGAUUUUGCAUUUAUAUCAUUACCAGAAGAUAUACAAUUGAUCAUUGAUGAAAACGAAUAUCCUAAAGCAAGUGAUUAUUUUUUAAUUACACAAGCUUUACUUAAAGCAUUAAAAAUUCCAACAACAGAUGCAAACGCAGCUAAUGAAUGGCGUGAAGCGAUUAAACAAAAAUUUAAAAAUGAACGUCGUCUUUUACAAAAAAUACCUCCAGUAGUUCAAAGAAAAAAAGAAAAAUUUGGAAAAGGUUGUGGACGUUCUGCAACAAAAAGUCAAGCUUUAUCUGCUGAACGAAAAUAUGAAAAAAUGAUUUAUGUCAGUAGUAUUAUGGAUGAAUGUGAUAUUGAACAAUUAGUUACAACAAUGAAAGAAGGUACUCAAAAUGGAACAAUACAUAACGACGUAUUGAGUACCUUAUGGAAAAAAACAUUCGGUUAUCGUCGAUUAUUCAUUCGUUCACACACAACAAAUGAAGUAUUAGAAAAAUUUCCUGGUUAUUCAUAUCCAUGUCUGAUUUUUGAAGAAAUAAAAAUGAUUGAUAAUGUUGAUAUUGAACAAAAUGUGAGUGAAAUAUUACCACGUUUAUUUGAUAAAUUAUCGAAUAAUACAUUAUUUAUUAUGGAUUUGUUGCCAAUUCGAAUAAUAAAACUGCUAUGUAAACAAUUUAAACAAUCAAUUAGUCACAUUUUAAUUGAUAAUGAGCCGGUCGUUCCAACACCUUGUAUUAAAGUAUCGAAUGAAAAAUUUCAAUUGUAUCUUGAUUGGCAAGUUGUCGUAGAAACAACAAGUCCAACAACAGCAUUAUCAUUAUUAUUGUCAUUAUACAAUGUAUUUGAAGUUAAGUUUGCCAAAAACAAUCAUACUUCUCAUUUAUUAUAUGGUGUUUUUUUCCAAAAUGGAGAUGAACUUGGAAAAAAUUUACGAAUUAUUUUAAAUUCAUGGCAUUUUACAUUUGAAGAUCGAACAAAAAAAUCUCAAACACAAACAACAAACUCUAUUGACUAUGUUUAUAUACAAACAGCACAACAAUUACAGGUUCAUUCAACAGCAACAACAACAGAAAGUGUUUAUUCAUCCACAACAGUGAAUACAGGAGAAAAUGAAUCACCACAAUCAUCACAAUCAAUACCAUUAAAAAUAGCUGAUCAAGAACAACAACCACAUGAUAAUUCAUUAAUACAAAUCCAUGAAUCUGAACAAAUGGAUGUUGGUAUUAAAACGGCAUCAUCACCAGCUGUACAUUCAGGAAUCGAACAAAUAGCAGAUACAAAAAGGAAAUUCAGUAAUUCUUCGAAUAUUCAACAUAAAGUAUUGAAAGAUGCAAUCAAUAGUGAAGCAUCAACUGCAACAACCAAAGGUGAAAAACGAAAACUUCCAUCAUCACCAAAACAACAAAAGCUGUCAUCACGUUUAGCAGCUAAAAGAAGUCGACAGAAUGUCUCUUCUUUUCCAGGUUGA